AUGGUUCGCGAAUCUGGGAGAAGUCGGGGCUGCAAGCCCUGUCGUCAGAAGAGGAUUAAGUGCGAUGAAAAAGAGCCGGAAUGCGGCCAGUGUGUCCGUCGCGGCAGGAAAUGCCCCGGUCCAUUGAGGGGGCUCAUUAUAUUUGAGUCUAAGCCCGAAGACCCCACUAAGUUCCGGCGCCUGGCUGAUGGCCGUGACCAAACCCCGAGAUCCUUGUCCUCGAUUAACGAGAACGUUCAGCUGGUAGCUUCGGUGCCUCCGGACGGCGAUCGGGCCUUGAGGCCGGGCGCUCCAGACCCAUUCUCUGCGAUGGUGGUACCACUAACUGGGCGCACCAGUGGCCAUUUUCAGCAUUUCAUGCUGCACACUGUGAGAUGCUGCUGGCCGUUUCGUCCCGAGAUGCUGGGGAUUUGGUGCGGACAACAAGCUACUACUCAGCCGGCUAUAUUCUACGGGAUGAUAUCGAUGUCUGCAUCACACCGAUUCCAUCUUGAUCAUGAUUACGGAACAAAUAACCCAAAUUCGUCCCAAUGGAUGCUGCAGGCCUAUGAAUCUCGUUCUAGGAUAAUACAGAAUAUUCAAGAGGCAAUCGAUAACAUCGCCACGGCAAAUGUCGAAUUGAUCAUCGUCACCAUUGCCAUGCUUGUUUGUGUGGAGAUCCCUUCUUUUCAGGCCUCCAACGCGAACAUCGCGGAAAUGGAUAUUCACAUGGCUGGUCUACAACAGUUAAUUCGAUCCUCCGGUGGGGUUGACCGUCUGGACAUGUCUACAAUCUCCUUUCUAGUGGGUAUGGAUAUCCUGUGCGCAGUUGUGAAAUGUACUCCUCCUGCUCUUCCAUUGGCGCCGAAAUAUUUGGAGUACGCCAUGAAUCAUCCAGCUCUCAUCAUCCAUUCCGACAGCCCACCGGAAGAGGUCAUCUUGAGCCUACGCAGUGACAACAUCUUUUGCAACUUGGGCACCCGGUUCCGAAAUUCUACAUGGGCGGGGCUAAUUGACCGGUCUCUCAAAGCCGCGAUCGAGAAUUUCUGCAACCUUAUUGUGCACUACGAGACCGAUGACCAGCGACGGGAGGGCAAGAGGAUCGCCACGUACGGGGAUAAUAACCCUUGGAAUCUAUCGCAGCGUUAUCUCCUCUCAUUGUCAUACGAGAGCCUCGGCCCUGGCGAUAUCAGAGAAUCGCUCCGCCGCUCAAUGCUUGCGUACUCCAUGACGCGCUACUGCAAAUUUGGCGCAUUCCCUUGCAUGGACGAGGUCGCCGCCAGACUCAGGGAGAGCCUUGUUCCUAGACUUGACACCUUUCUUUCGACUGCACCCGAUCUCCUCUUCUGGAUUCUUUUUGUCGGUGCUUUGACGGCCAGACAGUGCUCCGAGCACUACGUCUGGUACUGUGCUCAUCUGGGCGGCGUUUCAUCAAACCUCGGCCUUGUUGAUUUUAGGGAUGUGCGAUUGCUCCUUGAAAACUUCUUCUAUAUCCGUCGACAUGGGGACACCGCUGCGGAGAAAGUUUGGCAAAAGGUCUCAUCACAAAAACUCAACAAUAUUUAUAACAAUAACCAUGAGGGUGUUCUUGGGUUAUGA